AUGCAUUUGUUUAGCCAUGAUGAAAUUAAUUUAUUGGAGGCCGCUUAAGAUGGAAAGUUAGAGUUCAUAAAUAAACAGUUAAUAUCUUUGACAUCAAAGCAAUUAUAGGAUGCUUGCAAAAAGACAGAUUAUUAUGGUCGAAAUGCUUUACAUUAUGUAAAUGGAUUACUAAAAUAGGCUGCUUAUCGAGGACAUUAUGACGUAGUUGAAUAUUUUCUUGAUUUGUAAAGAAAUAGAAACUAUGAAUAAGGCAAUACAGCGCUUAUGUUAGCUUGUGUAAGAGGAUAUAAUUAGGAUAUCUCAACUCUUAAAUAAGGUUCUAAGUUUGCUAUAUGUGCCUUGCUUUUAGAUAGAGGGGCAUCUCUUUAAGAAUUCAAGAAACAUGGAAUAAAUAACCCUUUACAUUGGACUUGUUAUUUUGGAGACUUAAAGACUACAAAAUUAUUGAUGUCUGUGGAACCUAGUUUAAUGAUGUACUCGAAUGACAAAGAUUAGUUUCCAGUAGAUUUGGCUUUGAUGGCAGGAAAGGAGUUAGAUGAUAGAGUAGAGGAUGAAAAGGUGUUGGAGUUUAUGAUAAUGAAGUUCUUAGCAUAGAAUUUGGAUAAUGAUGAACAUAAAAGAAGGUUGGAGUUGUCGUCAGAUGAACAUGAAUCAUAUAGAUAAUUGCAGUAUAUUAAUUUGAACUUUAAAUCAACCAAGUAAUUAACCCAAGUAGGACUUCGUUACUUGUUUUGGGCAAGUACAUUGGGAAGAUUGGACUUAGUGGAACCUUUGAUUAAUUAACGAUACUCUCCUUUUGAGCCAUCCUAUAAGGGUAGAAGUGCUUUACAUGCUGCUGUUUAUCAUAAUAGAAAGGAGUUGGUUGAAUAUUAUUUGGAGUCUGAAGCAGUGAAGGAAUUCAGAACAGAGAAUGUGAUUAAUAGGAUGACAAAGGAUAAACCCCAGACUGCAUUGCAUGUGGCUGUUGAGAAAGCACAUAUUGAUAUAGUAAAAACAUUAAUAAAGAAAGGAGCGGAUCCUAAUUAAUACAAUUUUCGUAAUCAACGAGCUUUUGAUUAGUCAAGAUUGAUUGAGAUUAAGCAUUUGAAGAGGCAAUUUAUGAAUCAUUUGCAAAAGAAUUAUUUGAGAUCAGGAUACAAUCAUGUGUUGGUGGGAUGGGAAAGAUCAAAGAACCAAUUAUUGGAAUAAUAAUUCUAUAAUAUCUAAUAAAAGAAGAAUGUUGAGAAAGGAAUGUUUAAAUACUUGCCUAUCGAAUCUAUAGAUAAAUAAUACACUUAUUAUUGUUUGAAGGUUGAUGAGAAGCUUAAAAAUUUGAUAGCUGAUGAAACUAAAAUGAUGAUAUACAAUUCAAGGGAAGGGUACUUAUGUCCAUUCAACAUUACUAUUCAAGAGGAAUUUGAAAACUUUCAUCAUGUUCAUGAUCAAUAGAUAUUAUAGACCUUAUUGUAUGAUGAAUUUGACAUUGAUUAAUUUAUUAAUGAUGGUCUAUUGAUUGAAUAAUAUCCUGUACAUGAUGAGGAAGAGAAAGAAUUGAUUCUGAAAUUUUGGAGGAAUGAGAGAUUUCACAUAUUAUUUGAACCAUUUUAAUUAAAAAAAUCAUAAAAUCGAACAUUUAGUGCUUUAUCUUCUUACUUUGGAGCAGAGGUAGGAUUUUUUUUUGUUUUCUUAUGCUUUUUUACAACAUGGCUAUUUUUGCCUGCCAUUCCAGGAUUAUUAAUAGGAAUAUUUGAUUUUGUUGGUGAAGAUUCAGUAUAUGCCAUAACUCCAAUCUAUACAUUGUGUAUGGCUGUUUGGGCAACAAUAUUUUUUGAGUUCUGGAAGAGGAAAUAAAGUGAAACUAUGUACAAUUUUGAUAUGCAUGUUGCUAAGGAAUAACGAAGAAGGAUUCCUUAAUACAAAGGAGCCUUUAUUAUUGAAGAUGUCACUCACACCAUUGAAAUUAUGGAUACUAGAAAUGUUUAAUGGAAGUAUUUUAAAUCAAACACUCCCCUCGUAUUUUUGGCAAUCAUCAUUAUUGGUGGUGAACAAUUUGGGUAUUACUAUCUCAAAUAAAUUAAUGAAGGAGAUCAACUUUAUGAUUCAUUAUGGGCAUGUGUCUUAGCAUUUUCAAUUCUUUUUACGAAUGAAAUCUUUAGCAUUUUGGCAAAACAUACAUUAGUUUAUGAAAAUCAUCAAUAUCAAGAUGAAAGGGAGAAUGUAUACAUUCUAAAAGUAUUUGCAUUCACCUUUUUGAAUUCAUUUGGUCGACUAUUCUAUAGAAGUAUCAUUAAACCAGAUUCCGAAGAAUUAGACUUAUUAAGCAUGUCAUUUACAAUAACGUGGUCUGUCGUUCAUUUGAUUAGAUACACUCUUUACCCAUUAAUAUCCUUUACAUUUAUAAGGAUUAAAUUUAAAUGGGAUUUUAAUAAAUACAAAUAAAGCAACUCAAAAUAAAUAGCUGCAGUGUAAAGAGUAAGUAUCUAUGAUACUGAAACCAGUGCCAUAAACAAAUAAUCUGAUAAAGGAUAAUCUUCUAUAUACUUUCUAUCUUAACUUGAAUUAAAUAGAAGAAUGAUUGAUCCUCCAAAUCAUGUUGAAUAAUUUACCUAUUUUAUAAUUCAAUUUUGUAUGGCCACUAUGUUUAGUGCUGGGUCUCAAAUCAUUCCUAUAGCUAUUUUGAUUUUUAAUAUUCUUAAUAUUGAAGGUCUCCUUUAUGGAUAUAGAAAAUUUGUAAAGAGACCAUUAGCUACACCAAAGAAGAGCAUUGGUGUAUGGAAUGACAUUCUGUAAUUAGUUGGAUAUAUUGGGAUUGUUUCAAAUUGUUUAUCUAUUUAUCAAGCUAAUUAAAAAUAAUUGAAUUCUUUGAUAGGAGAAGAUUCAAAUUCCUCUAACGAUUCUAAUAAUCUUGGACUUCGAAACUUCUUGUUCCUUAUUGUUGCAGAACAUAUUGUAAUUGGAAUCAAAUUUGUAAUCGAAGGAGUAAUACCAGAUGAACCUGAAUGGGUUGAAAUGGUACUCAAAAGAGAAGAAUUUUAGUCAGAAAAGAAUAAGUUAAAGUAAGGGGAACAUUCUAAAACUUAUGAAAUCAAAACAAAAAAAGAAUGA